AUGCAAUUAAAUAAUAUAAACAUAAAUACUGAUGACAUAAACAUAAAUACCUCAAACGAAUCAACUUCUCCAACUUCUUCAAAUACCCUAGAAUCUGCCUCCAUCUACUCAAACAAAAAAUCCCCAAUGGUAUCUCUAAACAGAAUCAACAACAAUUUUCCUCCUCUAGAUCCAUCUAUCACAUAUAAAGGCGUUUAUGAAAGAGCUGGCUUUGAGAUUCUUAAAGCGACUCAAAUCACAAAAAAUAACGACAGUAUCCAUAAAAAUAGAAAAAAUAAAAACAAAUCCUCCUCUCCUUCUAAAUUCUUUUUCAAUCAAAAACAAAACUCCUCCUCCUUUUCUAAAUUCUCAACGAAAUUAUCAAAUCGUUUUGCUUUGAAAUCCUCUUCAUCUUUACCUCUAGCUAAUCAAUACCAACCCCAAUCUCCAUCUCAAUACCAAAAUGAUACAAUCGAUAAAAUUCUUAAAUUCUCUUCCGUAUCAAGUUUACCUGAUAGUAACAAUAACAAUAACAAUAACAAUAACAAUUUCAAACAAUUAUCAAAUACUCAAAGAUCUUUAACUUUACCAAUCUCUCUAUCCUCAAAUCAAUCAAAUCAAUCAAAUCAAUCAAAUCAAUCAAAUCAAUCAAAUCAAUCAAAUCAAUCAAAUCAAUCAAAUCAAUCAACUCGUUCAAACAAAUCAAAACAUGAUCCAAUCAUAUCCACUCCUACAAAAAAAAAACCAACUUCAAUCUCAAUUCCAAAUGAAAAACCUUUGUUUUAUAACAACAUCAACAAUAAUAAUAGAGACUCAACAAUGUCCUCUUCUUCUUCCAUCUACAACUCCCCAGCAUCCUCAACCUCCUCAAAAUACAACUCAACUUUAUUUUCAAACAAUAAACCCCCAUUGACCGUAGAUAUCAAUCUAGCUAACCAAAUUUCUUCCAUGAAAAUAUUACACCAAAAUAACCAGAUUUUUUUUCCAAACCACCCUCCAUCUCAUCCUAAUCAACAAUCUCAUGAGUCAUUUCAAUCUCCCCAAAAUUCAAAUUUCGAUCAUCUGUUUAAGCGUCGUGAUACUGAAUCUUCAACUACAAGCUCAAGUUCAAUCUUCUCUCCAAUCUUAACUGAUAGCACUUCCACCACAACUUCCGCCAGUUCUACUCCAAGAUCAACUAAUAUCCUCUCAGGAAAAUUCUCAAAAAUCACAAACAACAACCUGUUUCAAUCUUCAAAUCACUAUAAUGAUCAUAGUGAUCAUGGUAAUCAAAAACCCAUCAAAAGCCAAAAAAGUCAAAAAAGUCAAAAAAGUUCCGAUAUAAACAAUAACGAUUAUGAACCCUCUUUAUCAACAAUUAAAAGUGCUGAUUCUGAAAAUGUCUCCUUUGCAAGCUCUGAUCAAACUCCAAAGGGAUAUUCCCAUUUCGACCAACCAAUCUCCCAAGUUCCAACUCCCUCUGGUUUAAAUUUUUCAAUCCCAAAGAUUGAGAUCUUUGAUCCAAAAUCGGUUCAAGAAAUUAUUGACAAAGAAUCUCUUUAUAGCAAUAAAAAAAACAAUAACCCAAACUCUCAAGACCACUUAAUCUCUGAAAUAAACGCCAACAGCUCUUCCCAAUCUUCAACCCCAUCGCCAUCGCCAUCUCAAUCACAAUUUGAUUCUCAAUCAAAAACUGUCAUUUAUGAAUCACUAGCCAGUAAACAAAACAAAAAAUUAAUAGGCAAAUUGGCCAACAAACUCGACAGAUUCUCCAUGGGUGUUAUUCCAACUACUAAUUCCUCUCCCACUGAAACUGAAUCAACUUCAAAAAGAGACUCCACGCCUUUUGUGCCCAACCUUGAGGGUAAGUUUUUCGCUCCAGCUUUCAAUGAAAAAAUAAUCGAAGAAAAUGAAAGCGAGGAAAAUGAACAAGACGAAUACAGCAAAAGAGAGAAUCAAAACAAUCAAAAAAUUGUUAAUAAACCACAAGAAAAUACACUCUCUUCGAUUCCAAUCCCACAAAACACAUCUUUCAAUGUUAUUACUCAUAACAGAACACACUCAGUGGCUUCAUCAAUUGCUUCAUCUGUUUAUUCAAACGAAAGCUCAGAUCAAGAAAUUUUAAACAACCAACCCAUCGACAAUUAUGAUACAAAGAACCAACCCAUUGAUAAUGAUGAUAUAAAAAACCAAAAUAUGAUAGAUGCUUUAAAUGAAUUGAAAAAAGAUAUUGCUAUAACUAGCGAGGAUUUUAAUCUGGAUUUUACUCAAAACCGCAAUCAUAAUGGUUAUAAUAAUAGUUUCAAUAGUAAUAAUUUUGAUAAUAAUUUAGGCAAUAACAACUUUAAUAACAAUAAUGAUUUUAAUGACUUUAAUAAUUUGAACAAUAUCAAUAAUAUUAAUAAUAAUUUGAACAAUAUCAAUAAUAUUAAUAAUAAUUUGAACAAUAUCAAUAAUAUUAAUAAUGAUUUGUUUAUAUCUUUAGAAAGAACUUUAACUCAUAGAAAUAGUAACUCUAUUGAUAAUUUCCAAACUGAUGAUCAGUUUGAUGUUCCAAACAAUUUUGCUAAUUUUUCAAAUCCAGAGAGUCUAAAUACUUCUGAACAAACAGUUCCAUUACAUUUGGAAAAAUCUUUCUCAAAAGAUAAACCCACUCAAAAUCUCGGGUUCCAAAAAAAUUCAUCUUCUAUGAGAAAAGAUAAAUCAAUUAGUGUUAGAAUCGAGAAAAAAUUUGCUGAUUUGGCUAAAAUUAAUAACAUAAAAGAUACAACACCAGAGAAAGCACCUCAAGAUUUUAGUCCCAUUCUUAAUGAAGCUAUCAAGGAGAAUCUUAGACACAAGGAAAGUGGUUACCUUUCUUCUCCAGAGAAACCUUUAGAUUUGGAAAGAAUCAUUAGUAAUAAGUCUCAAGACUUUAAAACCAAUUUUUCAUCUGAAGCUAAACCGUUCAAUAGUGAAGAUUUUCCAACAGUAGAAGAAGAAUCAUCAAUUAAAAAAGCUGUUAGGGAAUUAGCUGAAGAAUUAAAGAGAACUAAACUACAGGAUAUCUCUCCUGAAAUCAAAUAUCCUUCAGGCGAAGGUCCUUGCAGAAAAUGUGGUGAAGAGAUUAUUGGUAAAUCAAUUUGGUCAAAAGAUCAUCAAAUGUCUGGUCGUUGGCAUCGCAAAUGCUUUGCCUGUUAUAGAUGUCAGGUCUUGUUCAAAAAGGGCUCUAAUUGUUAUGUGAUUGAUGAUUGUCCUUAUUGUCAAUACGACUUUCACUAUCUUAAUGGGUCUAUUUGCAAGAUAUGUAACAAAGGUAUUGAGGGCACUUGUUUGGAAAAUAACAACAGAGAGAGGUUCCACUCCGAAUGUCUAAAAUGCAUCAAAUGUGGCCAAUAUAUCAUCAAAGAUUAUUUUGUGCUAGAUGGUAAGCCUUUAUGUGAAAACGAUGGGUUGUUGGCAAUUGAAUUGGAAAAACAAGGAAAUUUACCCCAAAAUUUUGACAAUUCUUUAAAUGUGGAUCAAUUUGGAAUAGCUUCAAAGCUUGAAAAACGUCAAACUAGAAUCCUUAAUAUUGAUGUUAAUGUACAAUGA